AUGAUUGCAUAUUACAUCACCAGGGCAACAAGUGCAAAGUGCAAUUUCGCGCCCGUCAGCACAUUUAUAGCUCAGAAUAUCAAUCUGAGUUCUAGGAUAGAAAAAUACUUUGUACCUAGAGGACCCAAGAAAUACCUUUUUUGCCACGAGCCUAAGGUUAUUUCAAAUGCUCAAAGUGUUGCUCAAGGACGCGAAGUGGUAAUUGCCCUUUGUGCCCAUGAUUCAUCGGGGCAGCCAGGUGUAGAUUAUCCCAUAUUAACAUCGAUUCCUGCUACGUCAUUCAAAUGUCAAGACCAAAAAAGUGGUUAUUAUGCUGAUCAAGAGACGCAUUGCCAGGUUUUUCACGUAUGUAAUAAUGGAAAAAAAAUCUCAUUUCUGUGCCCCAACGGUACUAUUUUCCAACAAUCUCAAUUAAUUUGUGAUUGGUGGUUCAAAGUUGAUUGUGAUAACUCAAGAGAUUAUUAUGAUCAAAGUGCUAAUUUUUUAGCUGAAGAAGAAAGAAAGCGUGUUGAAAAAAAAAGAUUACAAUCUGAAUUUUAUAGAGCCCGUUAUGAGUAUAGUAAUAGUAAUACGACUGAAAAACAGCUAGUUCAAUACGAUGGACGGCAAAAUGGUAGAAUGAAUCCUUUUAAUCAUUUAGUUUCUAAUAAUUUCUUUAAUAAUAAAGACCACAGUACUAAGCAUUCUCGGAUUACAAACAUAAAUACUAUUCACCAGAUCCCAGUGAUGAAACAGAAGAACCAAAUCAAUUUAAGGGAGGACAAUAUCGCUCAAGAAAUAAUUGCAGAUGGUACUCAGAGUAGGCUAACUAAAAAAAAAAAAACUACUUCCUCUAUUGAUGGAAGAACAACUCAAGUACAUAAUUACAGGCAGAAAGAUAUUUAUAAAUAUAAAGAGCAAGUAAAGUUACAAGAGGAAGAUAAAGACUAUGUAUCAGCAGAAAAUUUGAAUGCUCAGCGUGAGAACAAAAUAUACACAAAACUGACAACAGUAUCUUCACUUGUACAUAGUGAAACUACCCGGAAUGUCAUUAAUAAAACACUACCAAUUUAUAAAGAAAUUACUAUAUUUCGUACUUCCACAACAAGUCCUCCUGAAACUCAACACUUUGCUGAAAGUUCAUCAUUUAUUAGCCAUGGUAGUAGUAAUAAAUUACAUCAUUUUAAUCAACUAUAUGAUCCAGCCUUCAUACAUAAUGAAGAAAGUAUUAUAACACAAAUGCAAAAAUCUUAUCAAACUACUGAGAAUGGAGCCACAGAUCAAAAACUAAGUUUAAGCGAUGAACGCCUUGUGCUACCAACGACAAUGCUGUUGGAGAAUACUCCAAUACCUACCUUCAAUUUAAGUGCUAAAAUUUCCACGAAUUUUACAUACUUAAAUGAUCAUGUAUCAGACAAUAAUACGCAGCAUGCUAGACAGAAAGACGAUCACUAUGGAUACAAGUCGCAAAAGCCCUCUUUUCUCAGUACUGACGAUAAGAGUUAUCUUCCUUUCCAGCAUGCUACAUAUGCACAAGCAGCUAAUUCUGACAGUCCAUACCGUACUAAAAAUACACAUUAUAUAGAAAAAAUUCUCGAUUAUAGUAAGCUUACAGUAAGUCCGUACACUCGCCAGAUUACCUAUUCACAAGAAUUUGAUGUAGAAACCGCAACUUUAGAUGCAAUAAAAAAAACGUAUUCUGACGUAACAGAAUCCACUUUAAACUACAGCAAUGCUUAUUUUAAAAUAUUUAGGCCAUUAAAAUACAAUAUUUCCUAUGAUCUGAGUCAUGAAAAUGUUUCUACACAAAACAGAGACACAACAGAAUUAUACAUUAAUCAUGAAGAGCUUGUUACCAGUACAACUCAACAAGAAAGUUCUAAGAUCUUGCAAGAAAAUUCUGCAGAUAAUACCGAAUUACCAAAUUAUAAUCAUAGUAUCAGUGGUAUUGUGAUAAGUGAUAUGAAAGUAAGAAAUAACGUGCAAACUUUAGAUCCUAGUUUAUUAGAUCAUUUUCUACAACAUGGAAACAAAGUGUCUCUUAACAAUUCACAAAAAAUUAUAUCUACCUCCAGCUCUUAUGUUCCAUUUACAAAGAGUUAUCGAUAUGCAACAACUAGUACUACUAGAUCUAGUUCUACACCGCUAGGUUAUUAUAUUAAAAGUAUUGAUCUCAAUCCCGGAUCUAGUGACUUCAUGUUAUCAGAAUUAGAAAAAAAAAGUAAAAAAUCAACUUACUUACCUGAAGCUCGUCAAGCAGUAAAUGGUAAUAAAAGUAAAGAAAUUAAUAGCAGGCCCUUAAACGAAAAAGAACAUGCAAGGAGCAUGCUUCAAUCUCUUCAAGAUAUCGAUAAUUUCUCAUCGCAUUUUGGUUUAAAUAAUAUUAAAGUAAAUCAAACGUCUCCAAAAUAUCCAAAAUCAACCGAGCCAUUAACAUUACAUUCACUAGCACUGUAUGUAGCCAAUACUAAUGACGUGUAUGAUCAAGAAAUGUCAACUGUAGUGAUCAGUGAUGUCACUAGUACAGAAAAAAAAAUUUUUUCUGGCAUUGAACUUCCUAUGAAUAUUCUAACACAGCACACAAUUACCUCAUAUGCAGAGCUUUUUAAUUUAAAUAACGCUAUUGAAAAUAGUAUAACUAAUGAUAAUAGUUAUUAUAAUAGUGAGGAAACUUUAAGUGCUGAUGAAAUAAAUGACUUAGAUAUUCAACAGAGUGAGGGACCUUUAAAUGCAUUCAAAAAAUCUAACAGUACUCGAGUAAGAGAGGUUGCACAUUUGUUUACACGAGCUCUAUCAGCUUACUUAAAGGAUCCAGAUGAAUUUAGAAAAAUACUUAAUAAUAUCAGACCUACAGAGCCACCAUUCAAUAAGCAUAAUCAAACAUCUUCAGUUACUUUAUUCACCACGGAGGAUUAUCCAUCCGUAACAAAAGAGAGAGACGAGGUUUUGGAAUUUUCAGACGAUAAUAAUAGAGUACGAAAAAAGACCUUCAAGGCUUUAGACUUACAAACAGUUACAAAAAAAUCAACAAAUAUAUUAAAGGAAACUACUUAUCAACCAUACUACACAUUUGAAUAUUUAACAAGUAUAAAUGUAUAUUCUAAAGAACAUUCAGAUGCAGCUGAAAUGCAUAGAAAUAAACAAAAAAAUCUUGAUAAUUUGGAAGACUCAACUGAUAAAACCUACGUCCUUGAUAGUUCAAGAAAGAAGGGUCAAAUUUUUGACUAUGAACUGUCUACUGCAUUGGAAGAAGUUUCUAGUAGUCCGAAAUAUUUAUCGUCUCCAAAAAAAAACACUGAAGAAAAAUAUCAGCAAAAAAUAAGUCAGCCUGUGUUGGAACAGAGAGAUGGUGUUCUGGCCAAUGGUAAUUAUUGGUCAUAUUCACCUAAAGUGACUGACUUAUGGGAAACUAAUUUAUUUUUAGAUCCAGAUCAUAUAAACCGUGGUCUCGAUAUAGAUGAAAAUAUUGUAAAAACUUUGAAUUCUAAUUCUGGAAGCACAAAUUUGAAAAUGAAACAUAAUUUUGAACAAAAAAGAGCAAACAGUUCACUAACAACAAAUAGUUUAAUUAAAAAGUGGACUUACAAUGAAAGUGACUUACCAACUUUACUUACCUUAUUACCAGACUUAUACGUAAGUACAAAAAAUUUAGUCACAUCAGUUCCAAAUGAUGUUCUUAAGCCUGUGAAGCAGGUUACAAAGAAUCCUGUUGUUUCAACGACUCAUACGAUUUAUCGAAAGAAUGGUGAUGCAAUGUCCACUGUAAGAAAUAACAAUGUGAGUAAAGAUGACAUCCAAAAAGCUAAAAAAAUGUUCGACACAUUAAAUGAGACAAGUACAAAUACAUUAAUGGAUGUUAUAAGACAGGCAGAAAAUAAUUUUACUGUUAGAAAACUUGUCUUGUUGCUAAUAAGUUACAACGACGAGCCUAUUAGCGAGAAGUCAGAUAACCAAAAGCAAGAACUUUUAAGAACCUUACUUAGGAUUCCGAUCCAUGGAAAGAAAGAGAAUGAAUCCGAAAAAAAAUUUGAAAACACUAGUACAAAUUAUACGUCAAUAAAUACUCCAUCGGUAGAUAUCAGAAGUCAUUUAAUGCCUGGUAAGCUAUCAUCAUUACCUUUCAUAUCAAGGUUUACUACGCCAAAAAUAUCUUUGUUGUAUAAUGGAAUCAAUAAGCUUGAUGGAACAACUGUGGAUGAUAAACAGUAUUCAAUUUUAGAAAAAAGAGGUGCUUCUGAAAAAAGAGCUCUUGAACUACUAAGAUCGAUUUAUUCGAUUGCAGCCAAAUGGGGAUAG